AUGUCUUGUUAUCGAGAGAAUUUAGCGUUACGUCAUCCAUGUAAUUCGAUCAACAAGCGUCUUCAACCGUACAUUACAUGGACAGAAAAACUUGCCAGUAGUCAAUACAAAGUUCAGAAAGAUGCUUGCGGACAGCUUAGUUCUGGUCCAGCAUGUUGUACACACGAAAUAAUCAAUACUUAUGCAUUGUCUUAUGGAACAGAAUUACAAAAGUUAAUCGAUGCCGAAUUCGAUCGUUUUACACGAUCGUUAUUCCUAUCAAAAGAACAAAUCGAUAUCUGGUCGAAAGAAUACAUAACUGAAUUGCGUCGUUUAACCAUUUCAUCUUUGGAAACACUCUUUGGUACCAAAGAAUAUCGUUCGAAUGUUCAUCAAUCCGUUAUAAGUUUGUUUAACACAUUGAGUAACAAUCAAUCAUCCGUUGAUGAUGUGUCCAAAGCAACAAUAGAUUUAUUCAAUCAAUUGAUUAUUUCAUUAUAUCGACAAUUUAUGGUGGAUAACAAAGAACUUGUUCUUGAUGCUAAACUUACAAAAUGUCUCGUGAACAAAGCAUUCGAGAUCGAUGCGCUGUCGUCUCAACGUGAAUUACUCUAUAUUCUAACAAGUGGUUCAUCUUUGCUUCAACUCUUUCGAACAAUGAUUGUUUACAUCCAUGCUGAUAUUCAACGAAUAACAUCACUGCCAACAAUGACUUCAAACUCAUGUAUACAACGCUAUGCUAGAGAAACGCUGUGCCCAUUAUGUGUUAAUACAUCAAGAUUUAAUCAAAUAAUUAAUGAUGAUAAUAAUGAACCUUUAUGUGAAGGUGAUUGCCGAUAUGUGACUAAAACUUGUUUCAAUCAAACAAAUGGUUCAUACAUUGAAUUUGCUACAAUGUUUAAAAACUACUCGUUGAUCGUACGAGAUAUCGAACAAACCAUUGUCGAUCUUAAACUUGUUGAACGUCUUUCGAAACUACAUAUCUAUCUCUAUGAUAUGGUUGUUAAAGCAAUAAAUAGUCGCCAGAUAUACAUUCAACUUCAAAAAGCUUGUCCUGAUCCAAAUGCGAAAUUAUUCAGUCCUUUGCUUUCCCUUCCGCCAACGAUCAGCGAACGACGCGAACUUGUUUAUCAAUGGAAUCGAUCAUUGCAUUUCGUACUAAAACAACUUCAAUCGUCUAUUGAUACUCUCUACAUUCAUUUGACUGAGAAGAUAAUUACAGAUAUUUGUUCCAAUUCGAAUUAUGCUGUCAAAUCGAAUCGAUGUACACAAAUCGAUAAACAAAAUGCAAAUAAUUUCAUUCAAUGGUCACUUCCAUCCAUUCCGUCGACAAGCAAACCUGCUAAUAAUGCUGAAUUAACACGUAAUCAACUGGAUGAUUUAAAGAAAAAGCUACUUCCCAUUCAGCAAAUCGUCAUCUCAUUACGGCCGAAAAAGAAAUAUAAUCUGAUUGAAUAUAUUCCCGAUUUCGAUGUAUAUGAUGAUGAAGUGAACACCAUGAGCGUUGAUGAACAUUUUCCAUCAACAACUGUGAUCGAUACAUAUGAUAACAAUCUUCAAGAAUCACUUAGUGAACGAUUGUAUAAAGAAAUCGACGAAAAAAUAAUCGAUCAAUCAUAUGUGGUAACAGAAACGAAAUCAUCGAACCGUGGUCAAUCGGGAACAUGCAAUCUAUCAUUUGAUUUGAUAAUUUCUCUUUUUUUGUUUACUACUGCUAUUGCUAUUGUUUAG